GCAUCUGGAGUUACAGUGAAUGAUGAAGUCAUCAAAGUUUUUAAUGAUAUGAAAGUAAGAAAAUCUUCUACACAAGAGGAGAUCAAAAAAAGAAAGAAAGCAGUUCUCUUCUGUUUAAGCGAUGACAAAAGACAAAUAAUUGUAGAGGAAGCAAAGCAGAUCUUGGUGGGUGACAUUGGUGAUACUGUAGAGGACCCCUACACAUCUUUUGUGAAGUUGCUACCUCUGAAUGAUUGCCGAUACGCUCUGUACGAUGCCACGUACGAAACAAAAGAGUCUAAGAAAGAAGACCUAGUAUUUAUAUUCUGGGCUCCUGAAAGUGCUCCGUUAAAAAGCAAGAUGAUUUAUGCUAGCUCUAAAGAUGCCAUUAAAAAGAAAUUUACAGGUAUUAAACAUGAGUGGCAAGUAAAUGGCUUGGACGAUAUUAAAGACCGCUCGACGCUGGGAGAGAAACUGGGAGGCAGUGUGGUCGUUUCUCUCGAAGGAAAGCCACUAUAAAAUAAUAGCCAAGUGCCAUUUGAUCUUAAGGGGCUUACAUUUCUCCAGCUCAGUCCACUGGAAUCGUAUUAGGUUCUGUUUUUUGUUUAUUCCCUUUCCACUGGUCCCUUUCAACACAAUGAAUGAAUGAAUGAGUUUAAGAAGCCUGUCAGUGAUUGCCAUUAGACUGUUUAAUGCGGCCACUUUUAUGUAGAACCCGAGGAAUGCCUUCCCCGUCUUAUUUUAGCCAAAACAACUGGUUCCAUGCCUUCCUUGCAGGGAGCACAAUAAUGGAUGUGACUGUCAGUGUGACUAGCUUAGAGUACUGCAAGGGGUAAGCUAAUUGAAUGCCUUGAAAGUAUUAUCCACUGGUCAGAUGGGAAACUUUUCAGUAUUAUUUAUAGUUGCACUUGAUUACAGUUCUCUGAGGUGCUGGAGCAUUCAUACACCUCACCUGCCUUGGCAAGCCUGUUUUUAUGACAUGGUAGCACAGAUUUAACACUAUGCGCUAAAAGCACUUUUUUUUUGUAAUGCAUUUAAUCCCUUAAAAAGAAUGCCAAUUAAGUUUCAUUACCCGUCAUUAAUUCAUCAUAGUAUCUCAGAGUUCAUUCCUCUUACCUGCGUAUUUUCUUCAAUGUUGAUGUCUUUGGUUUCCCAUUGAGUGUACGCUACUGAAUAAAUGUAGGAGUUUUAUGUU